AUGAAUGAAAAUGAGGAUGAGAUUGUUCAAGAGGAAGAGGAGGGUACAGAGUUGGAACUUGAAGCACUGUACAGGCGAUAUUGUGUCAGAUUGAAGCAUGCUCUGUUCGUGUCAGCUCUCUGCGUCACAUUACUGUGUACUCUAGUGCUAUUGUGUGCUGUCUGUGUUCUACAUUCACAAGAACUGUCAACCCAAGUAACAUCAAUAUCAUCGUUAUCAGUGAUCUCCUUCAUACUGUUAUCAGUAUUGGCGCUCGCGUUAUUACCAGCAGCCGCAGAAUGGGAGGCUUUCGCGCUGACUGGCUCCGUCUUAGUCACAAUAAGCCUCGGUGCUGGUACGCUGAUGGCAACUCAUCAUGCACCAUUGCCACUCUUUGCAUUAAUUUUGAUGGUGCACACAAUGAUGCCUAUAGCUCGUUCAAUAGCGCUUGUAAUGGCGACAGCACUUACCCUCGCUUAUAUCGCUUUGGCUGUGGGCUUGGGUCCAAGAGGGCAGGAAGAUCAGUUUUAUCAACAGCUGAUAUGUGAGCUAGCACUCCUUCUAUCAGCCAGUGGUAUUGGUUUAUACUACCGGGCGCUCACAGAGAGGGCUCAUAGAAAAACCUUCGCCGGCACCAGAACCUGCCUGGAACAGAGGGUCAAACUCGAGUGCGAGAGGGAGCAGCAGGAAAGUCUUUUGCUGUCUGUAAUACCAGCUUAUAUCGCGGCUGAGGUAAGUCAUAGCAUAGAUCUCCACUUGCUACCGUCAUAA